UUUUUUUUUUGUUUUUAUACAUCUUCUUUUUAUACAUAUAUUCUUUUUAUAUAUACAUAUUGCGACUGUUCGUUUUUUUUACAUUUUAUCUACUACUUUGAAAAUAUAUAUCCUUCACUUUUGAAUCAACGAUUAUUUUACUUUUUAUUUUCUUUUUACCAUACACCGAUAUAUACUUCCAUCUACUUAUGACCAUCACUCAUCGACCAAAAUCAAGUGGUAGUGCCUUGAGUGCAAAUGUUGACGAAAGUACUUCUCAAAUUGAUGAUAAAGAACCUCCCAAAUAUCAUUGUGAUGCCUGUAGCAACGAUGUCACCAACACAGUGCGUAUCCGAUGUGCUGACAAGAAUUGUCCCGACUUUGACUUGUGUGUUACUUGUUUCUGUAGUGGUAGCGAACCAGUCAAACACAAGACAUGGCAUGAAUACAGGGUGGUGAAACCUCAUACUUUUCCUAUCUUUAGUGAAGAUUGGGAUGCGGACGAAGAACUUUUAUUGAUCCAAGCAGCAGAAAAGAAUGGGAUUGGUAACUGGCAAGCUAUAGCAGAGUAUGUGGGCACGCGAAACAAAACAGAAUGCGAACAACAUUACUUGGAUGUGUAUGUGGCUAGUCCGAAAUGGCCAAUGCCUCCUAUGGAUAAGGUGUUUGAUGUAUUAACGGAACACGACUAUCGGGAACGAAAACGACAACGAUUACAACUUUCAAGAUCACCAAGGAAACCACCUCCACCAGUGACAACAGGCAAACCAGUGAGCAGUCAACCAGCCUUUCACGAAUUACAAGGAUAUAUGCCUCGACGAUAUGACUUUGAAAUCGAACACGAAAAUGAAGCAGAACAACAUGUGAAGGAUAUGGUGUUUAAUGAUGAUGAUACCCAAGAAGAAAUCGAUCUCAAGAUAAUGGUAUUGGACAUUUAUAAUUCAAGGUUGGAUAAACGACAGGAAAGGAAACAAUUGAUAUUUGAAAGAGGAUGGUUGGAAUUUAAAAAGUUGCAAGCAAUGGAUCGACGGAGGCAAAAAGAAGAACGCGAUAUUUAUAAUAAAACCCGAGUGUUUUGUCGAUUGCAAACGGCUGAGGAUUAUGAUAUGUUUGUACAAGGCUUGAUCAAGGAACAACAUUUACGAGAUAGGAUUGCGGCAUUGACGGAAUGGCGACAGGCGGGCCUGACCACAUUACGACAUGGCGAUCAAUAUGAACGUGACAAACAAGCUCGACUUUCUCAUUUGAAAACCGUUUCAGCAUUAUCCAAUGAUCGUAUCAAUGGUACUUAUCAACAACGUGGUGGACUUCGUGCUCAGAUGGCGGCUUUGGCUCCUUGUCCUGGUGCUAGUUAUUAUAGGGAAAGACUAUUAUCACCUUCGAACACUAUCAAGAAACAACAAUCAUCAUUAUCUUAUCAACAACAUCAUCUCAAUAUCAUGGAAGCGGAUGGAUACCAUUUAUUAACCAAGGAAGAACAAGAUAUAUGCUCAACUCUCUACAUGAUGCCUCGACCUUAUUUGGUAAUCAAGGAUCUGAUACUAAAACAAUAUGCCAAACAAGGCUUCUUGAAAAGGAAACAAUUGAGGGAUUUGGUUAGGAUUGAUUCGACAAAGGCUAAUCGUAUUUUUGACUUUUUUGUGGAAAAUGGAUGGAUCAAGGCAUGGCAAAAUCCUGCAGAAGUGUUGGCAGCACAACAAUGGGAACAACAACAACAAAUUUUACAACUUCAACAAAUUCAAGAACAAUCGAUUCAAGAACAAGCAGCAGCGAUGGCAGCAGCAACAGCAUCAUCAAUGACAACAACAACAGCAGCAACAACAACAACAACAACAACAGCAGCAGAGGUAUCAGAAAUGACAGAUAUAUCCAUGUCAGAAUCAACAAUGACAACUUUGGAAUCAAUGGCAAAUUUGGAUGCAAUGGCCAUGGAUAUAGAAUCGACUAUAGUUGAACAAAAUACAGAAACAGUGACAGAUAUAUCAAUGGAUGGCACUUUACCGAAUACUGAAGCAGAAACAUCGACAGAUGCAGUGGAAACAAGAAUGACUCUACCAACAACAUCAGAUAAUAUGCCAGAAAAUCCUCCUCCUCCACUUUGGGAUCAAGAUUAGAAAUAGAUAGAUAAU